CAGGGAGCAGUUUGUAAACAGAAUUACGCGGUCUGAUUCAGCAGUCAGAAAAUACUUAGGAAUACCUAGUAUUACUAUGCUCUUCGGAAUAUUCGCUAUACUUGAUAAAGUAUGCACCAAACUCAAAUACUGGUCAGGAAAAAACAGUACAUCAAACAUGAAUUACGAAACAUCUGAAGCCAGAAAACCAGGCCCAAAGCGGAAGUUGACAAAGUUCCAUGAGUUUUUAUUAACACUUCUUCGACUAAGACUCUCUGUUCCUGCCUUUUUGAUUGGUGAUUUAUUUGGUGUGUCUGAGACAAGAGUGUCACAAGUUGUGUGUACAUGGAUUAACUACAUGUCCCAAGUUUUCAAACCUCAUCUGAAAUGGCCAUCACUACAAAGCAUCAAGAAACAUAUGCCAAGGUCUUUCAAACAGACAUUCCCUAGGACUAGAAUUAUCAUAGACUGUACCGAGAUAUUCAUUCAAAAGCCAAGGACACCUACUGCUCAAAGCCAAACCUACAGCAAUUACAAGGGACAUAAUACAUUUAAAAGCCUUGUUGGAAUAACACCCACAGGUGCAUUCUCUUUUGUGUCUGAAUUGUGGGGUGGCAAUGUGUCUGACAGGUACAUUACAGCCAAUAGUGGUUUCCUGGAUUUGAUAACUGCUGGAGAUGAGGUGAUGGCAGAUCGUGGUUUCAUCAUCAGAGAUUACCUACUGGAACGAAGGGCUAAGUUGGUCAUUCCACCAUUUACACAUAAAUGUAAGUGGGGAAAAGGAAAGCGAUUGAAUUCUGGUGAGAUUCAGCGGACAAGACAGAUAGCUAAAUUACGAAUUCAUGUGGAACGUGCUAUACAACGUUUAAAAUCAUAUAAACUUUUAUCUGGGAUUCUACCAAUCAAUUUAAAGCCAAUUGCAAACCAGAUUCUUGUUGUUGCUGCCUUUUUAUGCAAUUUGUCAAAACCGCUUGUAAAAUAUUAACAUGUUCAAUGCUAAAUUAAUAUUUGUCAAUUUGUUCUGUUGAUUGUUUGUGUUACAUGGAAGAGACUUAUAUCAUUGUUAUUUUACAUAUUUUGUGUUACUGUUGUUAAAGUGAUUUAGCAAUAUACCAUGUAUACCAAAUAUAUAUUAUCAUUUCAAAACUGUU